ACGCAAUCAAGGAGCGACAACUGCUUGGAUUGUUGUUUCUUCAAAUCGUGGCUAGACGAUACUCAGUUCGCUAUUUCAUGGACAAGAAAACUAUGGACUCUUUGUAACACAGAGGAACUCCUGCAUCUUGUCAUGCUUUUGUCUGCUGUUGCGAACUCCUGUGGUGGGAAAGGCUUCAGAACAACUGCUCUUCAACACUGCAAAAUUUCCAUCCAGGACAAUACCUGGAGGAUGGUUUAAGGAUUAAAAACUAAAGAAAAGCAAACUCCAGUAUUUACAAGCCAGCCAACCGAAAGGGAGGAGAGGACAGUUGUGUGGAGAGAGGGUGUUGGGAUGGGGUUGAGGAGCCAAAGAGGGGCGUCAUGGUUCACAGCGGCUCUGCUUCCCCAAUGAAAACAACACCACCAGCUUUGCCUUCUUUAACUGUCCCUGCUAGAGUACCUCCUAUAGUCUCUACCUAUGGAGGCAGCACAGCUCAGGACCUAAAGCAAACCCCCACAAAAUUCAUCACUACAGACUUUGUAUCCAGCUCAGGUUUGACCCAGCCCUCUACUCUGACCCCUGCUGAUGCAAAACCCCCUGUUGUAACCCCAGCAAAAGCAUUAAGCACCAACUCAAGCCCAGCUUCAGUCUUGGCCUCUACACAGACACCCUCUUCUGCUCAAGAACCUGUCAAUGGCCGUAAAUCAGGCAGGAAGAGGACUCCUAAAGCCUGUGACUGCUGUGGCCCUAACAGUGUGGGACACAAUGUCAGAACCUUGGGCCGAGGGAGGGGGAGAGGAAGAGGGAGAGGGAGGGGAGAUGGCAGAGACCUUGGGGACACCCCUAAAAGAAAAGAGGAACAGCUUACACUUAUCAAGAACUUUGUUUUGACCAAGGAGGAUGUACAGGAAGUGGAGGAUGAAGGUAAAACACAAGAGAGGGAUUCUCAGUCAAAAGCCCCUGCUGCCACGCCUGCUCCAGUUGUCUCACAAGAUGGUCCAGUAAGGAAUUGUGUUGCUACAGAGAAAGAGACUGCACAGACAAAGGAGAAUGUGUCGAUAACACAUUCAGGGGCUGCUGGUGGAGUGGAGAAAGGAGGUGGUGAUAGAAGGGAUGUGGACACAAGUUUGUUAGGAACAGCAGGCAGGCUAGCGUUAGCAGUCAGAGGUCGUGGAAGAGGACAGGCAAAAGCUGAAACUCCAUUAAAAAUGAACAUUAAUGUCAAAACAAAAAAGGGAGGUGACGGUACUGUUGCCAUCAGCUCAACAACAGGUGCCUUAGCUCAGGCAGUGUUGGUGCAGAAAUCAGAGGAAAACCAAGAUUUACAGAUGCACCACAGCGACCAAAGUGACCCUAGUUCAGUCAGAUGUCUAUUUGAAAAUGGCGACACAGUAAGCCUGUCAGACACAGAUGGAGAGAUGGAGGAUAACGACUUGAUUGUGAGCGAGUCUACAGAUGGGCUACAGUCGGUCUCAUUUCAGCCAAGAUUAAGAACUCUCCUGGACCUUGACUCUGAGAUGCAGGUGGACCAAAUCGCUGAUGGAACAGACCAAGUUUCUUUUCCAGUAACUCUGUCCAAUGGAAACAUUUCCACACCAACAGACCAUGACCACACAUUCACACCUAUGGAAGUGGAAACUUCUCACCCAGCCGCAGUUCCCCCUCCGAACCACGGCCCUAUGACAGUGAGCAACAUGCCGCACUGCUGGGGAUUAAGAGACCACAAACUGUACUGUCGGCCUGGUACCUGGGCAAAAGAUGAGAUGGAAGAAAUGUUGGUUAAAAGUCAGACGGAAGAAAGACAGAUGGAUGCAGAGACACAGAAAAAGGAAAGCCUGGAACAGCUUACUGAUGCUAUUCAUGAUUUUCUGGAGAGCUUCUAUAUGAAAUAUGGCAGUUUCAUUCCUCUCAGUGAGUCUGAUGUCCUGGAUCACCUGAAGAAGAAAGGCAGUUGUGACCUCAGCAGCAGUGGACUGGACAUUAAAGGGGAGAUGACUCGGUACAGGGCCGGGCUGGCCUCUGUUCCAAUCGCAGGCUUCAUGCUCAUGUAUAAUAAGCAGACAUUGAGCCUGGAGGACCUGGGCACCCUGGAGGAACAGAACUGGCUUAACGACCAGAUUAUCAACAUGUACGGAGAGCUCAUUAUGGAGGCGACAGAGCAAAAGGUUCAUUUUUUCAACAGCUUUUUCCACAAGCAGCUGGUUGCCAAAGGUUACGAUGGUGUGAAGAGAUGGACUAAAAAAGUCGACUUGUUUUCCAAGUGGCUGUUGUUAAUUCCCAUCCAUUUAGAAAUCCACUGGUCUCUUGUGACGGUCACCAUGGCAACCAAAACCAUCAGCUACUAUGACAGCCAAGGCAUUGUCUUCAGACACACCACAGAUAACAUUAUGAAGUAUCUUCUCUCUGAAGCUAGAGAAAAGAAGCAGGCAGCUUUCCAGAAAGGCUGGAAAAUCACUAUCAUCAAGGGUAUCCCGCAGCAGAAAAAUGACAGCGACUGUGGAGUUUUUGUCCUUGAGUACUGCCGACGACUCUCAGUGAAGCAGCCUCUCCUGUUCAGUCAAGACGACAUGCCGAGCAUUAGGAAAAGAAUCUACAAGGAGCUGUGCGACUGUCGUCUCACCGACUGAACAGCUGAACAGCGGUUGCCUUCACUAACCGUCUGCCUCCCUGGCUACAUGAGACGUUCUGACCAAGUCUGUCAUACAGCAUUUUUCACCCAUAGUCGGCAAUAUAAGCUAUCACAACUUGGUUAUCUGUAUUCCAGGGAGCCCUAAGUGCCAUCUGCCUCUGACUGACAGCAGAGCGGCCAUUACUUGAGACUUUUAAUGACUUUUGAAGUUCAGUGUCAGUUCGUUGCUAAGCAGAAUAUUACUUGCAAACAUGCAAAGAACUACUGAAGUGGCCCCCUACUGAUCCUGCUGGACCCAUCAGAGACUAUAUGAGGUCUUCUGUCAGGACUUUGCACCUGCACACUUCAUGUUGCUUCUGCUUUCUACAUUUACCACCCUGAGAGGAUUUCAUUUGAAUGACCUAACAACAACAGAAUAUUGAGCUGACUUUGACUGAGGAAACUGUUACACUGACCUGUACCACAUGUGGAUUUACCUUUGAUCCCAAAUGGAGUGGCCUUACCUCCUAAACGGCCAUUUUAAACUGAAUGACAUUUUUAACAGGUGGCUUUAUGCUGGACUUUGCUGCUGUAGUAUACUUACAGUUAUGUGCAUGUUUUCUAACAUGUUUUAAAAGCUAGCAUAUGUGAUACAGUGGACCACCUGUUCACUUAAAACUUGAAGAUUUGAGUUGAUUUCAUUCUUUUAAUUUUUAAGACAUUUGCACGGUUAGAGGAAUAUUCAUCAAAGUCUAAAACAUCAACCGAAUAGAGUUUUCCUCCCGUUGCCCAGACUGAUUGCUUCAAACCAGGAUCAAAUUUAUGCAGCAUAAUUUUAGUUUAAGGUGUCUUGUUUGUAACACCUUCCUAUGAUUAGUUUUUCAAUAAAAUGCCAGUUUUUUUUUAAAAUAUUUAGUUUAUUUUCUUUUGCUUUCAGCACAUCCUUAUGUUAAGUUUUGAGCAAGUGUUUUCCAGCCCUUUAAUAAAAGACAUUUCUGCUUAUAAUGAGUCCUUAAGUUUUUUUCAGGCUGGUUUGUAAAUUUCAUGUCAAGCUGUAUGUGUAGCUGCUGAUAUAAGGACCACCAUUACUCAUCCUAGUGAAGUAGUAUCUCUAAAUUUAUAAUGUGCUUCAUAUGGAUGCGUGACAAGAGUGGCCUCAACAGAGAAAUAAAUGAACCUUGGAUAUUUUAGUCCAGCUCUUCUGUCCGACCUGGAUUUCAUUGUUAUAUUCAUGUAUUUACAGAUUGUAUUGUAUCUUUACUGGCUGUGCUUGCUUUGGCUAAAAUCUACAAAGGUUUUCAAACUGUUUUUAUAGUUGUUAUUAAAAGGCCAAAACUGC